AAUUCAAACUCAAAAAAAAAACUUCAAUUCGAAGACAUAUUUUUCCUUCUCCUCAGUCUAACCUAUCAUCGACGAUAAUUUACUUAUAGUAUACUAUAACGAUUUUAUCAAACUAUUUUUCCGGUAAAUUUUAUAAGAUUACCAUCAGGCCCCAAUACCUGUGGAACCAUGGGAGAGUAUUUUAGAUGCAACUAACACAGGUUCAUGGUGGUUUUCUGAUCUUCAGCGUAUUCACUGCAUAUAAGACUUCUUCCUUUGUUAUUUGAGGACCUUCAUCUCUUUCCAUAUGUUCAAGAUCAACUUUUUGUCUAUGAUUUUAGAAAUGAACUCCCACAUAAUUUAUUCACGUUUAUAGUUUUUCUUCUGUAUCUAUUAUGAAAUUGUCGUUUGUGUCGUAUAAUGUAUUGGGUCGAAUCCGUUUUUGUAAUCCCGUGAGUUCUUCACUUUUUUAUGUAUAUUGAAGCUGUCAUAUUUUUGUUGCAAUUCUUCUAUUUCUCCACACUUUUUUCUGUACAGAAUUUCUUUUGCUACUCUAAUUUUAUGUCGUAUUUGCCGUCGUGAUGCCUUGUAAUCAAGCUGAUUUCUUACUAGUCUCUCUCUGUUAUCCUGUGGGGAUUUCCAUGUACAUAGGAAGUUUGAUAAGAUGUUUGUGUUUGUGCAAUUUUUCUCUAGGCAGAAUUACUAGUCUGUCGCCUCUUGCAUUUUUUGUUCCUAUUUCAUAUUUGCCGACAUAUCCAUCGCGCCUACCCUUUUCAACAUUAGAGUUUAUAUUUUCGUAAGCCAGCUCGAACUCAUCAUCGGGCUUGUCAGCUGUGGAAGCAUAUGCCUCUAUAAUAUUGAGCUUGAUCGUAUUUAUUUUAAGUUGUAAUAGCAUAAUUCUGUCUGGUAUAGGAGCAAAACUGAAAACUGAUGACACAACGUUGCAACUGCAACUGCACCUCCAUUUCUAUAAUAAGUUUCAUUAUUUAUAGAAAAAUAUACCUUACCGUUUGUAGAGUUGAACUAGGUUGUUGUUUCACAGCCAUGGUGAUUGUAUUAGAGAAAUCCAUGCGGAUCAUUAAUGUAGUGGUUUCUUCUUGCCUUCUACAUCCUUAUGCAGUUGACUUCUUCAUAUUCUCCAUAUUUUUGUUGUUAUAACUAUUAAAUUCUGAUUAUCGAUAUCUGGGGGGAUUCCUUUGUAGAAAGUAGUAAAGUAGUUGUAAAGCGAAAUGCUAUUCUAAAAUUUGUUUUUAAGAAAAUAUAUACAAAAACUAAUCAAUACAUACAUUUCCACAAUACUGAACUAUUACCCGUAAAGUUUUCUAUAUACGGAGUUGGAAUGAAGAUAGGAUGUGCUACAGACAUAGUGCUAACUCCUAAUAAAUAAGUAAACAAAGGCGUGAUAGUAGUUAACUACAGAUCAGGAGUAUUCAGUUGAUUGUCUACCGGGGAUAAUGUUGUACUGGACAAUGUGAGCUUCAAAGAUCAGUUGCUUGCUUUAAAGUGGACUCAGAAAAAUAUCAAAUAUUUUGGUGAUGAUCCAGCAAAAGUGACUAUAUUCGGCGAAAAUGCUGGAGUUGUAUCUGUUGGAGCUCACAUCGUCAACAAAAUGUCUGCCGGUAAUGUAAAUUACCUCUUCAAUAUCGCCAAUACUAUUGUAGAAGUAACAUGCUAUCUCUCUGCUUAGGAUUAUAUCGAGCAGCCAUAUGCCAAAGCGGAUGUGCUUUGCUCAAGAUUGAAUUGGGUUCGCAAUUCAAUUUCAGAGAAAAAUACCACCGUUGAAAUAAAAGAUUUCCUUCAAACUCAGCCUGUCGAUUUGUUAGUAGAUGGAUUUAACGUGAACCCUAAUGAACUCCGCCACCCUCAAACAAUAUAUAGGCAGGUAGAGAGAAAAAUGCGAGCCAGUUUCAGUCAAGCUCUGAAAAAGCCAACAGGAUGAUUAACGAAAUGUUAGCGAGUUCGACUCAACAAAAACCGAAGCACGAGGAAUCCAGAAGUUUUGUAAAAAUCUGGUCCCGUGAUCGAAGUGGAAGAUGAAGAUGCUUACGUCACCGAAUUAGCGUUGCCCUUUUUGGAAUCCGGAAAUUUUAACCAAGUUCCUCUUAUAAUCGGAACCACUUCUGGCGAAUCUCUCAUGUGGUAUGGAGAAAUUCCCAAACUGAUGAUCAUAAAAUUAAUCUAAGUGAAUUAUGCUCCUCCGAUUUUGAUGAUUCCAGCUAACUUACAACUAAUAAGAAAUAUUGAUAAAGCCAACAUAAAUUAUAGAUAGGUUUUCUUAUUUUAAUAUGUUGUAAUUCAUUUUUGUUUUAUAUGUUGUGCUUAUAUUACUUAAUUUUUAAUUGUUUAAAUUUGAGAUUUUUGUUGUAUCAAUCCAAGAGUAAUAGAAAUGAUACAAUUGACACCUGAAUUUUUAUAUUUAAGGUAUUUCAUAUAUUGCUUAUCCUUGGAAUUUCCUAAAAUACAACGGAAAGAGGAUUAAAUAAUUUGGAGAAAAUAUAUACAAAAUGAUUUUUAAGAACCUGCAAAAAUUUCCCAUAUCUAAUUUUAUAUUUCAUGUCAGUUGAAAUCUAUUUUAAACCUACACAAAUGGUUCCUUCCUUAAUAAUAUGGAACUGUGUAGAAAUUUUAAAAAAGUUUCUUUUUUUUUUAAGCUAAGUAAAGGUCGAGUUUAAACUUAAUUUACUAGGUUAGUUAUAUGGAUUCGCGUUGUAUUUAAAAAAACAUGUCAUAUUUGACUUAAUUAAAUUUUUGGCAAAACUAUGAUUUUUGUCCGUUUUUCCCUGUACCGCGGAGCACACCUAAAAAUGUUGGCCUGUUAUCAAAAACUGUUUACCAGGCGCAUAUGAAUGACAUUAAUUAUUCAAGAAUGUCAGUUUGACAAACCCAGUUUGUUGGUGCGUUUUUAAUUUUUUUCGGAACCCAGCACCUUAAAUUCAAGUAAAUGUUACAUGGGUAUGUUCUGGGCGUCCCUGACCGUUUCCGGUCUAAAUGCGGCAGGAAUUCAAAUCUUUCGGGUGCCGAGGGUGAUUGGAAACGGACCCCUAAUGUCUUUGUACAUCUUCAUAUUGUCUCUGUUUCUUUUGUUGUGGAGCGUUAGAAUUUAUCCAAGAAACAUCCGGAAGUUGGGGCGAGCGCAAUUUUUUUUUGAGUUCCUAAUAGCGCAAUUUAUAAUGGAGAGCCUAAUCAUCGACUUCUGGUUUCCAUUGGAGCUUAAUUUGUUGAACUUAUUGUUCAGAUUGUCAGAGGAAUUGGAAGAGAUGCUUGCCCAGGGAGACUGGGUUUGCGAGACAUUAUGUGACUGGUUGAAGGGCGAGGCCGCUGGAUAUCUGAUCAGUUAUGCUUUGAGCUCAAGUUUUUUAGUGGCCAGUUUACAUGCCACCAGAGUUAUUGAUAUGCGGACAUUGAGAGACGGUCCUACUUGCUUCAUCAGAGACAUUACCCACAAGUUCAAAAUGAAUAAGCGGCGGUUACUGAGAAGAUUAGGAUUGGGUGGAAAAAUGCGAGUGAGUUUCGAGAGAUCAUCUACCACGUGUCGUUGCGAUAAUCGCAACACCUCUGGAAAGUCAUUUUUUUCUUGGCGUUCAAAUAAGAGCGAAUCUCUUAAUAGCAACGAUACAUCCGACAGACGAUAUGGAUCUAAAAACACCAGUUCUGUUUCGAGGAAUCGCAGUAGAGAGAAUUCCGCCGAGGAUGUAGACUUGUUUAAUGACUAUCAAAAUUUCGAAAAUUAUAGUGACGAUUUUUCAGAUGAUGCAUAUUGUAUUAAGUAAACCUAUAUAAAAAAUCAUUGUUUAAAUAAUUAACUUCUUUGUGCAGCCGUUUAAUUUUAAAUCAAACAUAAAAUAAAAAACGAUACCAUACGAAACUUUGGUUUAAGUUUGUUUUGGUUUAGCUUUAGUUGUAUAUGUUACCUACUUCA